AUGGCUAAACCGUUUUUCAGAUAUCCCGAUGAUGUCCUUGAUCGCAUGUGGGAUCGGUAUAACUGGUUCGAAACAAAUGUAAACACAACUCUCAAUGUAACUUCAUCUAAUCCUUUUGCAGUACCAGACGCUGUAAGUAGGUUUGGAAUCUCUCCUAGAAAUUCCAGCAGGCCAUUAUACUUUUACGCCUAUCCGCAAGAAAAAAGUGGAAAAGUUAAUGUAUACUUUCAUUUUGCCGAGAUUCAAGUCUUAGAAGCAAAUGAUAUUAGGGAAUUUGACAUUUUAUUGGAUAAAACUGUUAUCCGCAAAGCUUAUACUCCUAAGGUGCUACAAUCAGAAACAAUAUACAACCUAUCGCCACAGAAAUGCAGAGGCACGUGCUACUUGGACCUCGUACAAACUCAAAGAUCAACUCUUCCACCACUGAUUAACGCUAUUGAGGCAUUCGAAGUUUUGGAAUUUUCAUAUACUGAGACGAAUCAAAACGAUGUCGAUGCUAUGAAGAAUAUUCAAGCAUUUUAUGGGUUAAACAUGAUAAGUUGGCAGGGAGAUCCAUGCGUUCCUGAAGUGUUGAAAUGGGAAGGUCUAAAGUGCAGCUACACAAGCAAGUCUAUUCCUCCAAGAAUUAUUUCCUUAGAUUUGUCAUCACUUGGGUUAAAAGGAGCGAUAACCCCUGCCUUUCAAAAUCUGACUGAGCUUCAAAACCUGGACUUGUCAAAUAACAGUUUGACUGGAGGAGUUCCCGAAUUUCUAGCCGGAAUGAAGUCAUUACUGAUCAUAGAUUUGAAUUGGAAUAAUCUUACGGGUCCUCUCCCUAAUGCCUUUCACGAUAGAGAAAAGAAUGGGCAAAAGCUAGCGUACCAAGGAAACCCAAAGCUUUCAGCUGAUGAGUCAUGCAACAAUAACAAUCAAAAUUACAUUCUACCAGUUGUUGCAUCGGCAGCUUCCCUACUCAUUAUUACAGCGCUAUUUUA